UGUUUCAGCUCAUUCCAAAGCGCAGUCGCAGCUGUCAAGCUGAGUUUCCGCUGCCACUACUGUCCUACCUACCCUGCCAGACAAAAGUAUUCGGCUUCAGUUGGUCGUGCGGCAAGUGCUUCAGUUGUCCAAUUUUUAGUGGGUAGCUCCCCGUGUGUGCAGUGAUUUUAACUAAAUUUUAAUCAACAUGAGCUGGCAGGAUUAUGUAGACAAACAACUCUUGGCUUCAAGAUGCGUUACUAAAGCCGCAAUUGCGGGGCACGAUGGAAAUGUGUGGGCCAAAUCAGAAAAUUUUGAGGUAUCAAAAGAAGAGCUAGCAAAAUUGGUUCAGGGUUUCGAAAAACAAGACAUUCUCACAUCCUCUGGAGUCACCUUAGCCGGCAACAGAUACAUAUACCUUUCCGGUACGGACCGUGUCAUAAGGGCGAAAUUGGGCAAAGUCGGAGUACAUUGCAUGAAAACGACACAAGCCGUUGUAGUAUCCCUUUAUGAAGAUCCAAUCCAACCCCAACAAGCGGCGUCGGUGGUAGAAAAGCUAGGUGAUUACCUAAUUACCUGCGGAUACUAGAGAUAGUGAGUGCCGCUGUAAGCAGCCAUGCCGUGCGGCGAAAUAAUAUUAUUAUGAUAAGUUGUAUUUUUUUCAAAUAAUAACAGCGAACCGGCAAUGUGUAUACCGAGUGCAUCAUUCAAACAGCGUGAAAAAAUGGAAUGUCGUUUUCCUUCAACAACUAAUUAUUAUAUCGGUCAAAUCAUUCAUUUAAUCGUCAUCCAUCUGCGAUUUGAGGUUAUGUUAUGAGUCGAAUCAAAUUUCAAACUUGAGUUCUCCUAUUUUGGUUAUCGCCAUUUUUUGUGUUCCCAGCUUAUAACAUAACCGUUCCUAUUGCCAAUCAUUUUUUGACUGUGGUCUCAAUUUUCAUUGUUUUUUGUUUAAGAAUUUUUAGGAUACUUUUAGGUUUCGAAAAAGUUUUCCGCAAAGUUGCCAUGGCAACUUUUCGAGAAACUUGUGAUUUUUUUUAAUAAUUAUAUAUUUAAAGCAUUUCGUGUUAAGCUUUCUCAUACCUACCAUUGCUAUCUCUAAAAACAUUUGAUACUGAAGAACUAUACAGUUUAGGGUUUUUUAAUAAAAAAAUCUCUAGUCCCGCUAUCUCUAUUUUUUUUCUAUCCUGUUCCCAUCCAGAAUGCCGCUUUAUGACCAACGUUUCAAUGACUGAAGUUGCCAGUUCUGAAAUUGAAAAAAGCACAAAUGAGUAUAAUUUUAGAAUUGUAACGGGAGUCAGAAGGAGCUUUUCAUUUUCGGUCUGCUUUUUUCAGUAAACAUGCUAUGAUUGGUGUUAACUUGUCGUAUGUCUCUCUAAAUUUUCAGCACUAGUUUUAUCAGACACAUUAUAUAAGAUUGGAUUUGAAAUCUUUGUGAUAAUUUUCGACUAGCUUUAGAAUUUUUGUCAGUAUUUAUUCUUCCUCGACUACUACACCAAUCAAUGAAAAUUUGCAAAAAGAUUAUGAAUUGUUUUUCUUUGAAAAUUGUUCGUAAUUUUUUUGAAAAAUGCUAUAAUGCUCAGAUUUUUGUCUUUUUGUAUGACGGACAAACGUAUUUUUAUCGUAUAAUUUUGAAGUAAAAAUGGAAAAGUAGCUUUGUAAAAUUUCAUUCGCGAGGGAUAUUGUGUAUCAAAAAUUGACAACAUAAUAAAUUUGUAUUAUAAAAU